AUGGCGUCCGCUGGUCUGAUAGAGGAGCUCACCUGCUCGUUCUGCCUGAGCAUUUAUACCGAUCCCGUAAUCCUGACAUGUGGACACAGCUUCUGUCGGGUCUGUAUUGGGGAUGUGCUGGACACCCAGGAAGAGGGGAGAUACUCGUGCCCUGAAUGCAGAGAAACUUUCAGGACUCGACCUGAGCUUAGAAGAUCCCUGAGACUGAGGAACAUAGCACGGAGUCUGUUCGAUACAGAGCCUGUGCUUACAAUGGCUGGAAUCUCCUGUAGUUAUUGUAUUACCUCUCCUGUUCCUGCUUCUAAAACCUGUCUACUCUGUGAAGCUUCUCUGUGUGAGGAGCACCUGAGGGUCCACAGCAAGUCAGCAGAACACGUCUUAACGGAACCCACCACCUCUACUGAUAAAAGAAAAUGCUCCGUCCACCGGGAGAUCCUGAAAUAUUACUGCACUAAGGAUGCUGUCUGUAUCUGUGUGUCCUGCAACUUGGCCGGAGAGCACAGGGGACACCAGGUGGAGACUCUGAAUGAGGCAUCAGGAAUGAAAACUUCCAGAUUGAUGGCGUCCGCUGGUCUGAGAGAGGAGCUGACCUGCUCCGUCUGCCUGAGCGUUUACACCGAUCCCGUAACCCUGACAUGCGGACACAGCUUCUGCCGGGUCUGUAUUGGGAACGCGCUGGACACCCAGGAAGGAUCUGGAGUUUAUUCGUGUCCUGAGUGCAGAGCAGAGUUUCAGGAACGUCCUCCGAUGGUGAAGAACAGGAAGCUCUGUAACAUAACAAAGACUUUCCUAUCUACUCACCCAGCGCAGGAGGACGUUGGGGUCUCCUGUACUUACUGUGACUCUCCUGUACCUGCUGCUAAAACCUGUCUGCUGUGUGAAGCUUCUCUGUGCGAGAAACACUUACAGAAACACAGCAAGUCCCCGGAACAUGUUCUAACGGAACCCACCGCUUCACUGGAGAACAGAAAAUGCUCCGUCCACCGGGAGAUCCUGAAAUAUUACUGCACUGAGGACGCUGUCUGUAUCUGUGUGUCCUGCAGCUUGGCCGGAGAGCACAGGGGACACCAGGUGGAGACUCUGAAUGAAGCCUCUGAGAAGAAGAAGGAGAAACUGAGAAAUGUUCUGCAGAAACUGACCUCAAAGCGAGAGGAGACAGAGAAACGAGUCCAGAGUCUGCAGGAGCGACAAAAAGCAGCUGCAGUAACAGAGUGGGUCGGUGCCCUGAUUAGAGACAUCAGGGAACAGCUGGAAGCUCUAGAGAAAAGAGUCCUGAGUGAGAUCUCCCGGCAGGAAGAGCAGGUCUCACUCCGAGUCUCAGAUCUAAUCCAGCAGCUGGAAAUAAAGAAGGAGGGACUGUCCAGGAAGAUACAAGACAUCGAGGAGCUGUGCAACAUGACUGACCCAUUAACUGUCUUACAGGAACAGGAAUCAGACAGAACUGACUUCUGUGAUGAGGAUGAGUUACAUUCUGAAGAAGAAGAGGACAGAGACAUUGAUGAUAGAAAGCUCCGUGCUGUAGAUCUGGAUGAGGGUCUGAUCUCAGUGAUUUUACACACAGGUUUAGCUGGUAUUGUGACCGCUGCAAAGAGACGUCUCGAUGCUCCUCAGGCUUCAGACAUAUUACUGGAUGUAAACACGGCUGGUAAUGGUAUAGAUGUAUCAGGUGACUUGAAAACUGUAUCCAGAUCAGAUAUAAACCAGAGUCGCCCGAAUACACCAGAGAGAUUUCAGGAUUGUGCUCAGGUUUUAAGCACCAGGAGCUUCUCCUCAGGGAGACAUUACUGGGAAGUGGAGAGCAAAGAAUCAGGGGAAUGGAUUUUAGGAGUGGCCUAUCCCAGUAUAGACAGGAGAGGACGUCGGUCACGGAUUGGAUAUAAUAAGAAGUCCUGGGGUUUGUGGAGGUGGUUGGAUGAUCAGUAUUCAGAGAUACAUGACAGUAAAGUAAUCCAGUUAUCUCACCGCCCGUCCUGUCAGAGGUUGGGGAUAUUCCUGGACUAUGAGGCCGGGCGGCUGUCCUUUUAUGAGCUGUGUGACCCGGUCAGACACUUACACACCUUCACUACCACCUUCACUGAGCCGCUUCACGCUGCGGUUGAGGUAUGGAAUACAGGCUGGGUGAAGAUCCGGAGCUGGGAUUAAUGAUCUCUGUGUAACUGAUCAGCCUGGCAACCAGUGACAGCUCAGAGAAGAUAAAUCUGAUUGGUUAAAACACAUAAUAACCCCUUGUGCGCCAUUGCUAUUUCACUCUCCAGCACCUGAGUAACUCUGCUGAUGCUCCUAUGUCUGAAUGCAGUUUCUCAUAAUA